AUGUCUACACGAUUUCAAAGAACUGCUGAUAAAAGCCUUAACCAGAAACAUGCAAAAAUCCUUAAAACUUGUUUAGACCGACUCGAAAAUAAAUAUUGCGCAGAUUGUAAAAAAAAAGAUCCGCGUUGGGCUUCUUGGAAUUUGGGUAUUUUUGUUUGUAUAACUUGUUCGGGUACCCAUCGAUCCAUGGGAACUCAUAUUAGUCGAGUCAAGUCUGUAGAUUUGGAUACUUGGACACCCGAACAAGUUGAGAAUAUGGUUUUAUGGGGAAAUACCAAAGCUAACCUUUAUUGGGAAGCUAAUUUAGAAAAUAAGAGACCUCCAGAAAGUAACAUGGAUAGUUGGAUUCGAAGAAAGUACGAGAUGAAAAAUUGGGUGAAAUCAAGAGAAAUUCCAGAUCCUAGAACUUUAGGUGAACAAAAUUCAGGAGAUUCGGUAGGAUUAUUAAUAUAA